ACGAGUGACCUCGCUGUUAUCUAUGCGCUUAUCUUAAAUAGAUCGCUUUGUAAUGAUUGUUGCGCUGCUCCGGCUAAACUCCAUCAUUCUUGAAACGGAUAUCGAGCCAGAAUAAUUUCGUUGACGAGUUACCAGAAUACUAUAGUGCAAUGUUAACUCCAAGAAUUUUCGUGGUCACUGGUGCCAACAAAGGCAUAGGCCUUGCCACUGUCAAGGCUCUGUGUGAGGCAGUCGGCAGCAAGUCCAUUGUCUACCAGACAGCUCGCAGUGUUGAGCGAGGCACCAAAGCAGUGGAGGACCUUGCCAAGUCUGGUCUCAAGCCUCGAUUUCAUCCCCUUGAUGUUGAUGAUGCCUCCAGCAUUGAAACUUUUGCCACAUUUCUCAAGAAGGAACAUGGCGGUCUUGAUGUUCUUGUCAACAAUGCUGCUAUUGCAUACAUGGGAGAUGCAACUGUACCAAUUGAGGUGCAGGCCGAGCACACUGUGCGAGUCAACUACUUUGGGCUGCGAGCUGUUUGCAAUGCUCUCUUCCCCCUCCUCCGGCCCCAUGCUCGUGUGGUGAAUGUGUCGUCAGCUGUUGGGCAUCUCUCUUGGGUGGAUGGUGAGGAACUCCGCCGGCAACUUGCUGACCCGGCGCUCACGGUGGAACAACUUGACAACAUCAUGCGUGACUUUGUCAAAGCUGUUGCUGAUAAUACGCACGUGCAGCUGGGAUGGCGGGACGUGAAAUAUAGACCUUAUAUGGCCAGCAAGGUGGGGAUAUCUGCGCUGACCAGGAUCCAGCAGCGCAUGCUGGACCAAGACCCGCGGGAGGACAUCGUUGUCAACCACUGCCAUCCUGGCUACGUCAAAACUGACUUGACCGGGAACACGGGAAUAUUCACCGCCGAACGGGGGGCAGUGUGCCCCACUUACCUAGCCCUGCUGCCCCCCAACGUGGCCUCUCCCCGCGGGGAGUACGUCUGGCAUGACAAGAUGGUCCUCGACUGGGUGAACGCAGACCUGCCUCAUCCCGGCUACUGAGCCUUCACUACAUGUGCGCCUUAGAGUGUGGGAUGCCAUGACCUGUUGGACGACGUGUGUGCCUUAGAGUGUGGGAUGUCAUGACAUGUUGGACGACGUGUGUGUCUCAAGAGUGUGGGAUGCCAUGACAUGUUGGACGACGUGUGUGCCUUAGAGUGUGGGAUGUCAUGACAUGUUGGACGACGUGUGUGUCUUAAGGCCUGUUCACACUAGGGGCAACACACGGGCGUCAGGCACGUCACCGCCCCUCUACGUGCGCUUCUUGUGGGCAACGAAGCGAUUGACGAGCAAGCGAUUCACUGUCGCCCUGCUUCAUGCAACACAAGCGCCGCACUUAGUAGACGGCUGUCUGUGGUCUAGUGGGGUUGUCUGUAUACGCUGGUGCUGGUGACGGCUGGUCUUUCACGAUGGCAACUAACGCCACACUCGUUUGGACUCGCUCUCUAGUAGAGAGGCUAAUUGAUCGUUGUAGAGAGCAUGAAUGCCUGUAGAGAGUUCAGUCAAAGAAGCUUGCUCAGUUGCUGUAAGACCAGUGUUUUGAACAAUGUCCUGAUCCGUAAUCUCAAUUGGGAAAGAAUUGUUAAAAUUCCACUUGUAUACACUAAACCUGAUCAAAAUUGGCCGUUUGACUAAUCAGAUAUACCCACUGCUGACCAUGUCGGGAGGUUUCCUCAUUUGAAGGAGGUUCCCUGCAACUUUGUUGAUGUAGAAAUUGGGCUUUUGUUCCUUGCUUGAUAAAACCUCAAGAAGUUGUAAGAGGUGCAGACGAUGAUCCUUACUCCUCUCUGCAUUCGCUGGGUCGGGCUCUUAAUGGACCCGUUGACACGUCCGUUGACAUGACUAAUAACUUUCGUAAAAUUGUAGAUCAGAGCGACAUAGAGAACUGUUUUGAGCCGAUGUACGCCCAAGAUUUUGUUGAUGUUUAUUCCAGCAGAGCUGACUUGUCGGUAGAAGACGUGAAAUGGGAGGAACUUGUAAGUAGCAGCUUGGUAAAACUUCCAGACUGUCACUAUCAAAUAGAUUUGCCUCUUAGAGAGAAUGCCUAUACUUUCCUGAUAAUAGAAAUCAGGCACUGUCUAGAUUUGCAUCUCUAGAGAGACGAUUUAAACGUGACUCUAUUUUUUUAAGACUAUGAGAGUUCAGUCAAAGGAGUAUAGAAGUCGAAAUGCAAAAGAACAAGCUGUGGUGAAAAUAGUUGAAGUUUUAAAAAACUAUUUUGUACAAGUCACCAUUGACGAGGUUCACAAGAAAAUUCAUACGGUGCGUUCGCAAUUCCACCGUGAAACGAAUUUCAUUGCAAAUGAAUUACAUUGCAUGUAAAUUCCAUCUCAAUUCUAUCAUCCUGGUUCUGGAUGAGUGGCAUUAUUUUCUUUUGCAGACUGUCAGAUAAGUCCACUGGCAGUCUAGUAUAAUUUUGAAAGUCUGAUGCAUUCGCAACUGAUAAUUAUUUUUAAAUAUAAUUGUGUAAAUCUUAACAGCAGCACACACGAGAACAAUGGCCCAGAGCUCAAAUUCGGUUAUAUCCAUUUCCACUGACGUCUUAUUAGCUGGCAUCUAAUCUUCAAAGCGCGUGGUCUCGAGUUACCGCGUACAAAAUUAAGUGUGAACGGUUGUGGGCGGUGAGGUGCUGCAGCAAGCGCCUCACCGCCCAUGUCGUUGCCCCUAGUGUAAACGGUCCUUUAGAGUGAGUAAAGUCAUGAUAUGUUGGACGACGUGUGUGCUUUAGAAAGCGGUAUCUUGGUCAGAAUGCUUGGAAUGUUUUCAUACAGUAUCGGAACUAAUCAUUAAAAUAAGCUGUAGAAAUUGUUUUCAUUUCAACAUUUGUGCCAAAUAUUCAAAUUUGUUAUGUAUUUUUAUCUGAUUCGGAUCUGUCAUUGAGGAAUUAGAAUCGAAAAGAGAUGUAAAAAAUUAAAAAAUGAUUUAUGUAUUCUUAUAAAGAAAGGGUAGAUAAUUUGUAUUGCCUACAGUUCGUUGUCCCAAGUUAGAGUCGGAUGAAAAUAUUUGAGUUUUAAUCUCUGCUCAAAUUAUAUUCAUGUCAGAGAAAAAGUAGAAUGUUAGUGCGAUGGAAGAUUCAAAUAGAUGGGAAGAAAGGAAAUGUCGAGCAACUUCGUCUUUUCUUGAUUUAAAUACAUGUUGAGGCAAAUAAUACUAAUGAAAUGCAUAAUUAAUUUUAAGCUUUUUCAUUAUAUACGUACUAAUGAUAUUGGAUCAGGCUGUUAUUGUUAUUUUUCGCGGAUUGUGGUGUACAUCGUUAUUUACGUUGUUUUACGAUAUACGGCAUAGUUUCUAUGGUGAUCAUAUACAGGUUGUUUUUAUUGUUGCGUUCAAUGAGUUAGAGUGCAGUGUAUCAUUUCACUAUACUGUGUUUCGCGAAUGCGCUUUUAAUCCAAAUUUGUACUCGAUCUCAUUGUUUAAUGUGGCUUUAUAUUAUCGGGCUGACCUUUGUAACCUUAACCAACCCUGUGAACUGAUACAUUCCCGCUCUGCAACAUCAACCCGCCAUCACAGAACUGUUCACCGUGCUCACUGUACUUUACCUCACUCAUAUUUAGCGGAACUAACUGAAUCUGCUGCUCUGUUAUGUCCGCACCAGGUAUCACACUUCCUGUAUUCCAUUCAAUACAUUCUACUAAAAUUUACUCGUCGAUGAACGAUUUCUCUACUAGCGCACUCGUUGGCAGCUCUGCUUCCCCUACUCGAAUUACGAUUAUCCGAUUGUUAUCAGAAGUUCUUCAUAUUGUGAUAAUCCGACUGAUUAGUGUGGCCAAACCCUGUUCUGCAGUGUUGUUUACUUGUUACCCUUUGUAUGUAAUAUGAGGUAGAUAUAAAGGUUAUGUAAAUGUUACUAUUUUUAUUUGUUAAUUUUAUAUUGUGAAGAUGUUAUGUAUUUUGUCUGUUGAUACCUUUUUUCGGUCAUUGAUUAUGUGGGAAGUUAUAUCAUUUAAAUUGAAUAAUAGAUAUGGGAAUUUCAAGUUGCAUUGAUUCUUCGAUCUUUACCUUAUACGUAGUCAUGUAUGUUUGGAUUAUUAAAAUAUAUAUUUUAAUGUCGCAAUUAUACUCUAUCCUCGUCUUCAGUCAGUGUCGAGAUGCGCAAUCCCCAGGGCAAUCAUUCGAAAUAUAUUCAACUUUGAGGCCGUAUGGCAUCUUGGAUUUUUCGGUUACCUGCAAUUGAAAACGCAAGUUUGUUGGAUGUCAAAUAUAGAGCUAACUGCAGUG